AUGGCCGAACCAUCUCGCGACAUCUCGUCCAUCCUUGCUGCCCUAGGCGCGGCACAGAGAGGCUCGUCUUCGACACCCACUCAAGCACAACCCGGCAUGCCGCCUGGUUAUCCUCCUCCUCCCGGCGGACAACCCCCCUCCUACCCGCCAAUGCCUCCCCAGAGCGCUCCUCCCUACGGCGGCGCUGGGGGCUAUUCGUUGCCUCAGCCCUCUUCCAGUGGGAGUCUGGACUUGAGCUCGAUACGACCAGUCAACUCGGGCACUGUCAGUAUUGCGGAUGCCAUCGCGCAAGCUAAGGCCUUUGCCGCUGAAAAGGGCGUCACCUCUUACGAUCGUCCCCUGAUUUACUCCAACGAGCCAUCGCGCGGUCAAGACUCGCGAGGGGGCUAUCACCGAAGCUCUCGAUCGCGUUCUCCUCCCAAUCGUCGCGACCAGUUCCGCGACAACUUCAAUCCUUAUAGAGACGAACGCCGCGGCGAUGAUCGCCCUGCGCAACGGGAAUACGGCCGCGAGCGCUCCUACAGCCCGGCCCAACGUGAUCGUGCCUUUUCUCCCCGUAACUCGAACGGUAGAGAGCGAUCACCACUCAGAGGUAGCGGCGGCGGCGGCGGCGGCGACGACAACUCCGAAACCAUUCAAAUCGAGUCCAGCUUGGUUGGCCUCAUUAUUGGUCGACAAGGCGAGAAUCUCCGUAGGAUCGAAUCUGAGUCUAGCUGCCGCGUUCAGUUCCUUCCUUCCACUGACAAUGGUCCCUUCCGCCAGUGCAAAAUCACCGGCCCAAGGGCGCGCCGCGCCGAGGUGAAGACUGCCAUCAAUCGUAUUAUUGAGGACAGCGGCAUGGGUGCCAUCAACCGUGGUGCCGCCAACCCCAAAGCUGCCCCUCGCGACAAUCGCGCUGGUGCUGGUGCUGGUGCUGCCCCAUUGAGGGAUGGCGAGGACUGCAUGCAAAUCAUGGUCCCCGACAGAACUGUAGGUCUCAUCAUCGGCCGCGGUGGCGAGACUAUCCGCGAUCUGCAAGAGAGAUCUGGUUGCCAUAUUAACAUUGUGGGCGAAUCCAAAAGUGUGAACGGACUUCGCCCCGUCAACUUGAUUGGUUCCAGGGAAUCUGCUGCCCAGGCAAAGGACUUGAUCAUGGAGAUUGUUGAUAGCGACAGUCGCAAUGAAGGCCAACCAGCAGCCCCUGCUAAGAAGGCCCCGAGACAGGACGGCCCUCCUCAGAGGGACGCUGGUCCUGCUGGGGGUGGUGACAAGAUUCAUGAUGCCAUUUAUGUUCCUUCUGAGGCCGUUGGUAUGAUCAUUGGCAAGGGAGGCGAAACCAUUCGUGACAUGCAGAACGGCACAGGAUGCAAAAUCAACGUUGCUCAAUCAUCCGGUCCUGGAGAGGUCCAGCGAGAGAUUGCGCUCAUCGGCUCGCGGGACAGCAUUGCCCGUGCUAAGCAAGCCAUCGAAGAGAAGGUUGACGCAGUGGUAAGUCAAGCUCACAGACGGAGGCCCAUGAUCACAUCUAACAUGUAG